AACUUAUUGAUAUCAACCAACCACUAUGCCUGUAGCAAAGAAAGCGGUUUUCUCGUCGUUUGCUGUCGCGGAAUCGGAUGUACCGUUUGAAGAAGACAUUCUACGCAAUCCGUACUCUGUCAAAGCCUGGCAACGCCUCAUAAACCACAAACUGCAAUGCAAGGCUCCCAAGCCAGCCAUCAAUAUUGUCUACGAACGAGCAGUACGAGAAUUGCCGGGCAGCUACAAGUUGUGGUAUAAUUACCUCAAGCUGAGAAGAACACAGUUACGAAGAAAAUGUAUCACAGAUCCCAUCUUUGAAGAAGUAAACAAUGCAUUUGAGAGAGCUCUGGUGUUUCUAAACAAGAUGCCUCGCAUUUGGCUUGAUUAUUGUCAAUUUUUGAUCGACCAGAAGAAGAUAACACGAACGCGUCAUACGUUUGAUCGAGCUUUGGCUGCCCUUCCCAUCACUCAACAUUCUCGCAUCUGGCCUCUCUAUUUGAAGUUUGUUCGUUCUCAACCGAUUCAAGAAACAGCCAUUGCAGUUUACAGAAGAUACUUAAAGGUUAUGCCUGAAGAUGCAGAAAUGUAUAUCGACUACCUGAAAUCGAUUGACAAACUGGACGAAGCAGCAAGACGGCUAGCAGACCUCGUUAACCAGCAAGAUUUUGUAUCUAAAAAUGGCAAAUCGAAUCAUCAGUUGUGGCACGAGCUUUGUGAUUUGAUUUCUCAGAAUCCGGACAAAGUAAAGAGUAUGCCUGUUGAGGCUAUUAUUCGUGGCGGUCUUCGUCGGUUUACAGAUCAGCUUGGACAGUUGUGGUGUUCACUUGCCGACUACUUCAUCAGGAGUGCACAUUUUGAAAAGGCCAGAGAUAUCUAUGAAGAGGCUAUUCAAACGGUUACAACUGUUCGAGACUUUGGUCAGGUGUUUGAUGCAUAUGCUCAGUUUGAAGAGAGUAUGAUCAGUGCCAGGAUGGAAACGAUAGCUGAAAUGGGAGCAACAGAGGAGGAGGAUCUUGAUUUGGAGCUGAGACUGGCACGAUUUGAACAUCUAAUGGACAGAAGACCACUUUUGUUGAACAGCGUUUUGUUACGUCAGAAUCCUCACAACGUUCACGAGUGGCACAAACGAGUGCAACUGUAUGAAGGAAAACCGAAAGACAUAAUCAGCACCUACACAGAAGCUGUACAAACCGUUAAUAUCAAAGUUGCUACUGGGAGGCCUCAUACUCUGUGGGUGGCUUUCUCGCGGUUUUACGAAGACAAUGGGCAACUUCCUGAAGCUCGUAUUAUCAUGGAAAAGGCAGUGAAAGUGCCGUAUAAGAAUGUUGAUGAUCUGGCAACGGUGUGGUGUGAGUAUUGUGAGAUGGAGAUGAGACACGAAAACUUCAAUCGUUCUCUACAAGUGAUCCAACGAGCCACUGCAAUGCCAGCGAAAAAGGCCGCAUACUACGACGAUAGCGAGGUCGUACAAAAUCGUGUGUUUCGUUCUCUGAAACUCUGGUCAAUGUAUGCCGAUCUUGAAGAGAGUUUGGGAACAUUUCAGUCAACGAAGUCUGUCUACCAGCGCAUUUUGGAUUUGCGUAUUGCCACUCCACAACUUAUUAUGAACUAUGCUAUUUUCCUGGAGGAACACAAUUAUUUUGAAGAGGCAUUUAAGGCAUAUGAGAGGGGCAUAGCAAUGUUUCGAUGGCCUCACGUGUACGACAUCUGGAACACAUAUCUCACCAAGUUUAUCAACAGAUAUGGUGGCCAGAAGCUGGAACGUAUACGUGAUCUAUUCGAACAAUGUCUGACAGACUGUCCAGCAAAAUUCACUAAAUCUCUCUAUUUGUUAUACGCUAAAGUUGAGGAAGAGCACGGCUUAGCUCGGCAUGCCAUGGCAGUGUACGAACGUGCAACAACUGCCGUCGAACCAGACGAGCAGUUUGAGAUGUAUAAUAUUUAUAUCAAACGUGCUUCGGAUGCUUUCGGAGUCGUCUACACUCGUCAGAUCUACGAAAAAGCCAUCGAACAAUUAAAAGACGACCAUGCCAUUGAAAUCUGCUUGCGUUAUGCUGAGCUCGAGAAGAAGCUUGGUGAGAUAGAUCGAGCCAGAGCUCUCUACUCGUUCUGUUCCCAGAUGUGUGAUCCGAGGACGAAACCGUCAUUCUGGGAGACGUGGCACGGAUUUGAAGUGAAGCACGGCAAUGAGGACACGUUCAGAGAGAUGUUGAGAAUCAAACGUAGUAUUCAAGCGCAGUUCAACACUCAGGUCAACUUUAUGUCUGCCCAAAUGAUGGCCGGUGGAGGGCAAGGUGCAGCCACUGGAACAACGAUUGGUGGGGUAAAUGAGGAUCUUGAUGAAAUGGCUGAGCUUGAGAGAAAAGCAAGACAGAUGGCAGAGGAAGCAGAGAAAGAUCAACCGAGGCUAAAGAGAGAUGUGUUGUUUGUCAGAGGAGACGAGUCUACACAAGAGAUGGAUGAGAUGGUGAAAGCAGCCAAUCCUGAUGAGAUUGUCAUUGGAGAUGAAGAUGAGGAGGAGGAAGAGGCGACUGUUGAAGAAGUCCAACUGGAGAAGAAAAUGGUGCCGUCUGCUGUUUUUCAAGGUUUGGUCGAUGAUGAAGGGAAGCCGUCUGUGGGUGCACGCGAGAGACUGUCCAAACGGAAGAAAUGAUGACGUUCGCGUCAGUCUGUAAAUGAAAUAGAUACGUUGUCGGACUGUCUUACCUAAUUUCGUUGUUGUGUACGUCGUCGCAUGUUAACGCGCGUUUCUACACCAAUGUCAC